UCUCCUCUCGACUUGAGGUAAACAAUCAUCAAUACUCAAGAUGCUGCUUUCUUCGACUGUUGCGAUUUUAUCUCUGCUAUGUGUACAAGCAACCGCAAUCUCACCAAGGGAUUCGGCUGCAAGUUACAGUAAUCUCGAUUCUUUCAUUGCUUCUGAGAGAAAGAUUGCCCUACAGGGUGUUCUCAACAAUAUCGGACCAGAUGGGUCGAAAGCGUCAGGAGCAGGCAAUUAUGUCAUUGCAAGUCCUUCGAAAGCCAAUCCUGAUUACUUUUAUACCUGGACUCGAGAUUCUGCGUUGACGUUAAAAAUGCUUGUUGAUGAAUUUAUUUUUGGCAAUCGUGCACUCCAACCUCAAAUUGAGAAAUACGUCAAAGCUCAAGCCAUCCUUCAAACUAUUACAAAUCCUUCUGGCACUUUUCUUCCUAAUGGCCUAGGACUUGGUGAACCGAAAUACGAGGUUGAUGGCACUCGAUUUAAUGGUGCAUGGGGUAGACCUCAACGUGAUGGUCCAGCUCUUCGUGCUAUCGCUUUAAUGGCUUAUAGCAACUGGCUAAUCAAUCAUAAUCAGCUUCAAAGAGCCAAGCUAGUCAUAUGGCCUGUCAUUGCAAAUGACUUAUCAUAUAUUGGCGAAUAUUGGAACCAAACUGGAUAUGAUUUGUGGGAAGAAGUCCUGGGAUCCAGCUUUUUUACCGUACAAAAUCAACAUCGUGCUUUUGUUGAAGCCGGAAAUCUGGCAAAUAAACUCGGUGUUGAAUCUCCAGGAUAUCUUAAUGCAUUAGAAACUCUAUGUUUCCUCAAUCAAAGUUUUUGGAACGGAGAAUAUAUUGUCUCGAAUAUUAAUGUCGAUAACGGAAGAACAGGGCUAGACGGAGCCUCUAUUCUUGGACCGAUUUCUAUCUUCGAUAUUGAUGGAUCCUGUGAUAGUCCAAAUUUACAACCUUGUAGUAGCAGAGCGUUGUCUAAUUUCAGAGCAGUUGUGAAUAGCUUUCGAAUCUAUGGUAUCAAUGCUGGUAUUAAAAACAACUCAGGUAUCGCAGUUGGAAGAUACGCAGAAGAUGUCUAUCAAGGAGGGAACCCAUGGUAUUUGCUUACCACUGCUGCUGCGGAAUUUCUCUACGAUGCUGUUGCACAAUGGAGAAAUCACAAAAAACUUACCGUCGAUUCAACAUCCGUAAAUUUCUUCCGCGAUCUUUACCCAUCCAUCAAACUUAAGAGUUACACAAAUAGGGAUAACGAGUUUAGCAAAAUCCUUAAUGUCAUAACAACAUACGCCGAUUCUUUUGUAGCAAUUGCUCAAAAAUAUACACCCAGUAAUGGAUCUUUAGCCGAACAAUUCGAUCGCAAUACAGGAGCCCCCAUUUCUGCCAAUGAUCUAACAUGGAGUUACGUAGCAUUCGUCACCAUGGCCCAAAGACGCUCUGGUCAAUAUCCUGCCAGUUGGGGAAGUGCGGCAGCAUCAGUUCCACCCCCUAAUUGCGCAUCUUCAUCUUCUCAAGGAGUGUACGUCCCAGCCAUCGCAGCAGGAGCCCCAAAUGUAACGGCAACAUGUCAAUAUCCAGUGCGAUUUUAUGUUAAUGCCACAACAUAUUAUGGCGAAAACCUUUACAUUGUUGGAAAUACGACGGAUUUAGGAGCAUGGAAUUUGAAUAGUGCAUUACCUAUGAAUGCAGGGAUGUAUACGACGGAUAACCCUGUUUGGUAUGUGGAUGCGCAGUUGACAGCUGGAGAGCCAGUCAGUUAUGUUUAUGUGAGAGAACAAAAUUGCGGUCAAGCUCCGAUUUAUGAGACGAGGAAUAGAACAAGUGUGGUUCCGGAAUGUGGCACUGGUGGGUCGACGAUCAGGCGUGAUGUGUGGGUGGGCAGUGGAGGAAGUAGUGGAGGGUGUUGAGUGGAGAUCGGAUCGUUGACGGUUCACAAGAAACUUUUAGUUUUAAUUGUAGGUGGGUGUUCAAUCGAAUUCUCACACUGAAUCGCAGUGUUCAACAUGGAGAAGAUCAGACAAGUACACAAAAACCUUGCAGAAAUGUUAACUUAAUAUUUCCUCGGUAUCACUCUGCUCCCCUCAGAUAGUUCUGCUUUUCUCUCCAAAUUAUCCCAAAGUCACUCACUCCCAUUUUAUCAUCACUACUCUCACAUCUUUCCGUCUUAUAUCUUAAUAUGAUUGUGAUUCAUCGCUUCAUCAUUCAUCUCCCAUCCUGAAUACGAAGAUAGAAUACAGUGGAACCCCAGUCUUUUUUACUAAAUAAAUUCAAACUCUUCUGAUUAAACUGAAGAGGAUGUCGCUGUCAUAUAAGUAUUGCUAGUAUCGAUCGUCGGUGGUUAAUGACUGGUUAGAGGCUAUAUUGGUUGUCUGAUUGCCGGCCUGUGGUUGAGUUUACACGAGCUUUUUCUGUGAAUUUAGAGGAUAUAGUCUAUGAAAUGAAGAAAGUCAAAAAUC